CAAGCUUCAAUCAAAACAGAAUUCAGUGUUUUAUCACCCAUGGAUCCACAGCACCACACUGGAACACCACCACAUGCUCGUCCGCCGCCCCCCAACGGCGACUUCUCUCCCAUUCUCACCGUUUUCUUCAUCUUCAUCGCUGUCAUCUCCCUGAUAAUAAUACCAUCAUCCUCGAGUAUUCAGAAUAGCCUAUCCAUCUUGCACCAAGUCCCAGAAGGUCAUGUUGGGGUGUACUGGAGAGGAGGUGCCCUUCUAAAAACAAUUACAGAUCCAGGUUUUCAUCUAAAAUUGCCUCUAUUAACUCAGUAUGAGCCUGUUCAAGUGACACUUCAGACAGAUCAAGUGAGGGAUAUUCCAUGUGGUACUAAAGGGGGUGUCAUGAUUAACUUUGAGAAGAUAGAGGUUGUUAACCGGCUUCGUAAGGAUUAUGUAUAUGAGACACUGAUCAACUAUGGUGUGAACUAUGACAACACAUGGAUAUAUGACAAGAUUCAUCAUGAAAUCAAUCAGUUCUGCAGUUCUCACUCUCUCCAACAAGUCUACAUUGAUGUGUUUGACCAGAUUGAUGAAAAGAUGAAAGAAGCUCUUCAAGUUGAUUGCACACGCUAUGCUCCUGGAAUUGAAAUUAUAAGUGUGCGUGUCACAAAGCCUACCAUUCCAGAAAGCAUAAGAAGGAAUUUUGAGCAGAUGGAAGAAGAGCGCACUAAGGUCUUGAUUGCUGUUGAGAGGCAGAAAGUAGUUGAGAAAGAAUCAGAGACAACAAAGAAGAUGGCUAUAAGUGAAGCUGAGAAGAACGCCAAUGUGAGCAAGAUCCUAAUGGAACAGAAAUUGAUGGAGAAGGACAGUGCAAGGAGGCAGCAAGAAAUUGAGAAUCAAAUGUAUAUGGCUCAUGAAAAGAGCCUGGCAGAUGCUGCCUUUUACCGUGUGAUGAAAGAAGCUGAAGCAAACAAGUUAAAGCUUACUCCUGAAUUUCUUGAACUGAAAUUUAUUGAAGCUAUAGCUGAUAAUACAAAAAUUUUCUUUGGGGACAAGGUACCAAAUAUGGUACUUGACCAGAGGCUGCUAGGCAAUUUCCUGCAAAGGUUUUCUGGUGAGAUGGCUAAGGAGGGAAACUUGGAAGAGGGACCAACAGGGAUAUCAGAAGCUUAGACCAAAUUCAGUAACAGUGACAAGAACUUACAAUGAUUGUUUCUCUUUCCAAUACAAGUCCCUUGAAGAGAUUAUGGUUCUAUCAGAUUCCAUGGCAAUGGCACGAAGCCUCUUCUGGGUGUUCUCCAGUGCUGCCUCUAGUUCUGUUAUGCGUUCUCUGAGCCUUGAUUGAAUUACACCAUGAAGACGCAAGCUCAGAUCCUGAGGGGACACAGCACCAGUUGCUGCUCGAGUGUGAGCAGAGGAUGUUCCACUUAAGUCAUUAUCUGAUUCAGAUAAAUUGUAGGGUUGCUCAUUCACCUUGUCUAAAUGAAAAUCUUCAAGGUUAGAAUCCUUCUGUAAGCAAUAAUAAGAGCAGAUCAAAUCUAGUUAAUGCCA